UUGGAAAAUGGAUAUACUUUAUUUGACUACGAUGUUGGGCUGAAUGAUAUAAUUCAGUUACUAGUUCGUCCAGAUCCUGAUCUUCCUAGCACAUCUAAACAGACUGAUGUACACACUAAACCCUGUUCUAAUAGUCCACCGAAAGUAAAGAAAACUGCAAGGGUGGGAUCUGCAAGUCAGCCGUCUACAUCAACUCGUGCUUGUCUUAUUGAUCCUGGCUUUGGACUGUAUAAGGUAAAUGAAUUGGUGGAUGCCAGAGAUGUCGGCCUUGGUGCUUGGUUUGAAGCACAUAUACAUAGUGUUACUAGAGCUUCUGAUGGACAUUCACGUGGCAAAACUCCAGUGAAGAAUGGCAGUUCCUAUAAAAGGACUAAUGGAAAUGUAAAUCAUAAUUCCAAAGAGAACACAAAUAAAUUGGACAGUGCCCCCGCUACAUCUAAUUCAGACUGUGUUCCUGCUGAUGAAGACAUUAUUUAUCAUAUCGAGUAUGAUGAAUACCCAGAAAGUGGUACUCUACAAAUGAAUGUCAAGGAUCUUCGACCACGAGCUAGAACCAUUUUGAAAUGGAGUGAAUUAAAUGUGGGUGAUGUGGUAAUGGUUAAUUACAAUGUAGAAAAUCCAGCAAAAAGAGGAUUUUGGUAUGAUGCAGAAAUUACCGCAUUGAAGGCAAUCUCAAGGACGAAAAAAGAACUUCGUGUGAAAGUUUUUCUAGGGGGCUCAGAAGGAACAUUAAAUGACUGCAGGGUAAUAUUUAUAGAAGAAAUCUUCAAGAUUGAGAAGCCUGGAGCCCAUCCUCUUUCAUUUGCAGAUGGAAAGUUUUUAAGGAAAAAUGACCCAGAAUGUGAUCUGUGUGGUGGAGACCCAGAUAAGAAGUGUCACACGUGCUCUUGUCAUAAAUGUGGCGAGAAACGUGAACCCAACAUGCAGCUCCUCUGCGAUGAGUGUAAUAUGGCCUAUCAUAUUUACUGCCUCAAUCCACCUUUGGAUAAAAUCCCAGAGGAAGAAUACUGGUAUUGUCCUUGUUGUAAAACUGAUUCCAGUGAGGUUGUAAAGGCUGGUGAAGGACUCAAGAUGAGUAAAAAGAAAGCAAAGAUGCCUUCAGCUAGUACUGAAAGCCGGAGAGACUGGGGCAGGGGCAUGGCUUGUGUUGGUCGCACAAAAGAAUGUACUAUUGUCCCUUCUAAUCAUUAUGGACCUAUUCCUGGUAUUCCUGUUGGAUCAACUUGGAGAUUUAGAGUUCAGGUGAGCGAAGCAGGCGUUCAUAGGCCCCAUGUUGGUGGAAUUCAUGGUCGCAGUAAUGAUGGGGCAUAUUCUCUUGUCCUGGCUGGUGGAUUUGCAGAUGAAGUAGACCGAGGCGAUGAAUUUACAUACACUGGAAGUGGUGGUAAAAAUCUUGCUGGUAAUAAAAGAAUUGGUGCACCAUCAGCUGAUCAAACAUUAACAAACAUGAACAGGGCAUUGGCCCUAAACUGUGAUGCUCCAUUGGAUGAUAAAAUUGGAGCAGAGUCUCGGAAUUGGAGAGCUGGUAAGCCAGUCAGAGUGAUACGCAGUUUUAAAGGGAGGAAGAUCAGCAAAUAUGCUCCUGAAGAAGGCAACAGAUAUGAUGGCAUUUAUAAGGUGGUGAAAUAUUGGCCAGAGAUUUCAUCCAGUCAUGGAUUCUUAGUUUGGCGCUACCUUUUAAGAAGAGAUGAUGUUGAACCAGCACCUUGGACCUCAGAAGGAAUAGAGCGAUCAAGGAGAUUAUGUCUGCGUUUACAGUAUCCAGCAGGUUACCCUUCAGAUAAAGAGGGGAAGAAGACUAAAGGACAGUCGAAGAAGCAGGCCAGUGAAGCCACAAAAAGGCCAGCUUCAGACGAUGAGUGUCCCAGUGCCUCCAAAGUGAUCAAAGCACCAGACUCAGCAGAAGCAGUCGAGGCUUUCCAGCUCACCCCUCAGCAGCAACGUCUAAUCAGAGAAGACUGUCAGAACCAGAAACUGUGGGAUGAAGUGCUAGCCUCGCUCGUGGAAGGACCAAACUUUCUGAAAAAAUUGGAGCAAUCUUUCAUGUGUGUUUGCUGUCAGGAGCUAGUUUACCAACCUGUGACAACAGAGUGCUUCCACAAUGUCUGUAAAGAUUGUUUGCAGCGCUCUUUUAAGGCCCAAGUUUUUUCCUGCCCUGCUUGCCGGCAUGAUCUUGGCCAGAAUUACAUCAUGGUUCCCAAUGAGAUUCUACAGGCUCUACUUGACCUUUUCUUCCCCGGCUACAGCAAAGGACGAUGAUCUGUCUACUUCUGUGUUGUUCCUGGUGGCUUAUUGGACAAUAAAGAAUCUAAAGUGGGUGGGGAGGGAGGAAGCAACAGUGGACCAUCUCUCUCACAUUCUGAAGCAGCUACUCCUCUUUCCCACAUAGCCAUCAUCUUGUGUGUGUAGUAAGAGGCCCAUUUUUCAACUGUCUUAACUAUUAAAAGGUAGUUCUGUCAGUAACAGCUAGUUUUAAUGAGUAAGUCAAAGCCUCAGCUCUAGUUGAUAUUCAAGUUAUGAUUUAUUUUGCAACUACCUCAGGACAGAAAAGAUUUAUGGGGAUUUUAAAAAUCUUUGAAUAAUUAGUUAAAUGAGAUUUUAGCUACACACUGCCUCCCAAAUAUUAGUUGUGCCUGGUUCUUGUAAUUUGAUUUUAUGAAAAAGGAAAUGACACUUGAGAUUCUUGGAAUGAAUGCAGCUUCUGUAGUAUGCAUAACACUUUUUAAGAUGUCUCUUCCAUUACAGUAUGUUUUGCAAGGACAGGUUCGUUUUUUAGCCCAUUUUGUGAGCUCCAUUGUGCUUUUCUUCUGGUGUUUUAUGCAAGUUGACUACUAAUGACUAAUGAAAACAAUAUGAAUGCAUUCUUGCUGCAUUAGUGUAAUGUGGUGUGGUUUUGCAGUUAAAAGAGGUAUUCAGAUGCUUUAGUUGUAAAUGUUCAUGAAAAGCCACUUCUGUAUUAGUCAAACUGCUUUUUAGUGAGUUUCACCAGUGAUUUUAUAUCUGCAGAGUAUUGAGGGGUGUUCUGACUUUUGAGAAGAUUGAAAUUGCUUCAUAUUGUGAUCCUAAAUUUUAUAUUCACUAUAUUCCUUAAAGUAUACCUUAAUAAAUAUUUUAUGAUCAGAAAACUUUCAUUUUGCUUUACUUUUGUAUAAUUUUAUGGUUCAUGUUACAGAUUUCUAAGAAUCAGUUUCCUGAAAUUUUCAUUGUAUAUCUUUAUUAAAACAUUUUGACUCUGAUUUUGGUAAUGAGAACUAGAAUGAAAAUUUUUUAACCUAAUGCAUAUUAAUUAUACAGAAUGAGCUGCAUUGUGUAAAAUGAGGUCUUACCCAUGAAGGACAAAUUCCAUCUUCGGUUUGAGGUUUUUUUUGUUUUGUUUUGUUUUUGUUUUGUUUUUUUAUAAUGUUUCAUUCUAUCAAAUGCAGAAAUUUUUAAAAGAACAGUGCAUGUUCUUCUGUCUGUAACUGUUAUGCUCCAUUUUUCCAUGAGUGCUGCUUAUUUCAGACAUUAGAACAUUUUAAGAUGUUGCUCCAUUAUACUCAUUUUUAUCACAGAAAAUUCUAAUGUGGUCAUGUCUUUGUAACACUAGAUUCAGUGCUAACUGACUGUCUGGGCAACAUUUACUGAAUAUCUACUUUGUUGUAGUCACGUGUACAUUUUAGCUCUGGCAGUCUGUACCACAAGCCUGAUGGUCUUCUGUGCUGCAUAGGUUAUCAGCCUUGCAUAUGUGGCAAACUAGACCCAUUGGUUUUCCUACAUGUGGUUAAAUUCAAAAUCAGGUUCUGUGAAAUACAGCUUUAGAUUUGAUUGUGAGUGAUUCCAGUUUCACUGAGUAGCCCUUAAUACAGUGAUGUUUCAGUGUCUUUAACUGUGAUGGCGAACCUUGUAGAGCUUUCAGUGAUGACACCAGUCUGCUGUGACAUGUGUGCCGUAGGUUCACCACCACUGGUCUGUGAAGAAGCCUUAAAAGAAGUCCAGAAGUUAUUUUUAUUGUGAAGAAUCAUUUAAUUAGGAUCUUGAUUGAAAGUGAAUCAUAAAAUGUAUUGCCCUGCGCUGUAAAUCCUGUAGCAUUUGACCAUGUUGAAUGAAGGAUGGGAAAUAGUCUCCCUCUUUCAGCUCUUUGAAGUUUAGUUCUACUACUACUGUUACCAGAAUAAGUCUGAGUCAUGCUGUGUAUUAUCUUAACUCCGAAUGAAGUAGGAAAGUGGGGUAAAUACAGCUGUCAAGAAUCAGCAAAACUAAGCAAUUUUGUAUUCUUCACAAACUUUUAAGUUUUUCUUUAAAAUGAAGUAUUUUUACAUAAAUAUUUCAGAGGAUAUGUAGGAAACAGGAACUUUCAAAAAACAUUACUACAGCACUACUGUCACAUAUUAAAAAACUGAAUUUCUUUAUAUCAUAAAGUCUCUAAUAAAUGCUCUGGAUUGCCUUGAAAUAUCGUGUUUUUACCUAAUCAGGAUCCAAAUAAAGACUUACCAUAGUGACUAA